AUGUAUUUCAAAGCUUCUUUCUUAUUCGUUAUUUCCUUGAUCUUUAAUUUCGGAAUCAUCGCAGCAGCACCUGUUAUCGCUGCCGAACCAGCACCAGCAACUGUUGCACCGAUCGUUUUUGUCGUCGAAAGUGAAUUUGACGCGCAGUUACAAGCUGCAGAAGCACAUAAUUUGCAAGCGCUUGUGGUGAAUGAAGAUGAAGUUGCCGCAGCGAAUGAUGCAGAGAGUGCUCAAUUGUUUAUGGUCAAUGAGCCAUUUUUCGAAAUCGAAAAUAAGUGA